CAGAGGCGGAAAAGCGCGCCCGCCGGUUCCGCCAACUACCGAAGCUCACAAGUCUACGUCAGCAGUGACUCAAGCAGACCCGUAACAUUUUGCUCGUUACCAUCUUUUCAUACAACAGUGAUAGGUGAGGAUGAUCAACUCUUUCAAAAUGAAACAGCAGAAAAAAUAUCAAUGAAACAUCUCAAACCAGCAACUCCUGUUAAACGUCGUGAACGGCUGCACCCCAGGACUGGGAAACAUACAUACGUGACUCAGAAUGCCUUUGAACAAGAGCUUUAUUUUGGGUCUGCCAAGAUUAUCCAUCAAAAAACCAAGAAGGAUCGUAUCAUUCUGAAUAAUCAUGAUGAAUAUAACAAACAUCUAGAACAAUGCUACCCAAGACCUCCAGAAAUCUGGAGCUUCAAAUCACCAAAAGGGACAAGUAAAAAAGUACAGAAGGGGAUGAUCCACUGGAAAUCACUUCCCACUCUCAUUGAAGAUUUUUCCCAAGUGGAAGAAAUACAGUCACCUGACCCAACUGGAAAAGAAAAAGAUCUGUGCACUAAACAGAAAGAAAGCGUAUCUGAAAAUGUUCGUAUCCGUAAGACAAUGUUGGAACAAUGGAAAGCUGCCUGGAAAUUUGAUCCUCAUUGGCAGACAGCAACAAUAGAAGGGAUACUUGUAGACCUUACUGAUGUGCAUGUUCAAAAUCGGAUCAAUGGUCUACUUGUCUGUGCCUCUGCUGUGCUUGAGCGCCCCGAUAAAGUCCAAACUGCAAAUCAGGCAUCAGCAAAAGGACUAGAUGCUUUCACAAAGGACAUAGAAAUUAAGGAUAUACCAAAAAAAAUAAAGCCCUUACUGCGAAAAACUCUGUUUGAUACGGAUGCACAUGUACGAAUGGCAGCUGCAGUAUGCUUCUAUGCCAUGUGGAAACCAAAUCCAGAGGCGCAGUCUAUCAUGAAGAAAGCUCUGAUACAUGGUAAUUCUGCAGACAGCUGGGCAGCAGCUCAAGCUCUAGCACUGGAAGGCAUUACCAGUUUCGAGGUAGUGAAAAGGAUUCUGUCUCAGAUUUUUGAUCAAACCGAUGAUACUUCAGAAGAACAGGCAUGCCUUUUGUUAGCUCGGCUCAGCAAACACACGGGUUUGGUUCAUUGUUUACUGGCAUCAGAACUGAACAGCUAUCAAUGGAUACAUCGGGUUUUGGCAUGUAAAACAUUGUCUCGUAUUCCAGGGAGCGUCACCCAGGACCUUAAGAACAAAAUUGUCCAACUGAUGUGGACAGAUUGGAAAAUUGAGGUCCGCCAGGCAGCUGCCAAGGUUUUGGGACAUUUGAAACUUGGAAAACAAGUCCAUGACCAGCUGAGAGAGAAUCUGAAAAGGGGAGACUGCCGGAAGAAAGUCGAAGCUCUUUCCUUGAUUGGCUGGCUGAAAUUCAUGACAGCCAGGUUGCUCCCUGGCUUUCUUCAAUGUUUCUCUGAUGACUUUGUAGCUGUCCGAAAAGAAGCGUGCUGGGCAGCCGGAGCACUUCAGAUUAAAGAAGAGACAGUACUAAGAUGCCUUUUUAAGAUCAUGCAAACGGAUCCUUUAUGGAAAAUCAAAGCUCUUGCUAUCAGAGCUUUGGGUCAGAUAGGUGAGGCAAGUCCCUACCUAAAAGACCUUCUUCUCUGGGCCCUUAAUUUUGAAGAAGAUCCUGGAGUACGGAGGGAAGCCUGCCGGAGUAUCAUCACUCUCAAAAUGCAGGAUGAAACUGUUCGGGCUACUUUACUGAUGAGAAUGAUACUGGAACCAAAUGAGAAAGUAAAAGAAGAAGUGAGUCGUGCUGUGACAAAUUUCAAUUUUGAACAAGAGGAAGAGCAAGAAAUGAUCCAAAAAAUCAAGAAUGAGAUUUCCAGAUUAAGCCACAAACCCCUAGUGAUAGAAAAAGUAAUAAAACUUCAAGAAGUAAUAGAGAAGAUGUGGCAUGAAGCCCACUGCAUUUAUCGGGAAAAAGGAGACAUCUUUGCAUAUAGAGAUAUUCGUGACAUCUUCCUUGAUGUUGUCAAAACUGCUUUCACUGAUCAAACAGAAACUCCAAGCAGGGAGUUAUCAAAACUUUGGAUUACUAUCUUAAAUAUAUUACCUUGGUUAGGAAUCCCUCCAAAUCCCUGGACACGAAGAGCCUUUUAUGAGGCACUAAAAAGACACAAGAAAGAAAGGGAAAAACAUUUCAAGAAACUAAAAACAACUACAGAAAAGCCUAAAAAAUCCAAGGAUAUCAAAAAGGGCAAAGGAAAACCAUCUGUCCAUUUUGAGACAUAACAGGUUGACCCUUUCUGCAAAAGAUGCAGCAGAAUACAGUGAUGGGACUUCGCUAUGCUGAAAAAUUCAAUCUGAUGGAAUUCUGUAAGCUCAGUUUCUUACAGUUUGCAAAAGUGUUAUAAGUGCUGGAGAAUGUUAGAUGGGUUUAGAGCAGUUGUGUUCUGUAUUUGUAAAUGCAGAUUUGUUCUUAAUUUUAUAUUUGUACUCAUUCACUAAAGUUAUCUUCCUGUACAAUUUCAAUAAAACCAAGAGGAAAAG